AUGGACACGAUUCUGUUUCUCGGUCCGCACACUGGAUUCCACCCGAUCAGAGCUUUCACGAUCUUCAGAGCUUCUGAGUGGGAUCCGAAGAGAAUCUUCGGCAUUAGCAAACUGUUCCGUCAGAUCUCCACUGUCGGUCCAGGCUGUGGGACAGAGGACCUUGAAUGUGAAGGAAGAUUUUGCAAGGGUAUGCCAGAGGAAGUAUGGGCCGGGGACGUUGUGAGAGGAAUGUUGGCGAGUAUAAGAUCGCUGCGAGUAGAAAUCAAGGAGAGCUGGGAUGGAUCAGAAGGACAGCGGUGCAGAGUGAUCGCUGCAAUAGGAUGGAAGACCACGCGCCAAAGCGGAGACAAGCGAGUGAGACAGGCAAUACUUGGCAGAUCAACAGCGCAGGAUGACGGUGCCCGGAGUUUCAGCAGCCAAAUAAUGAUCAGGGGGGCUAGCCAUGAUAAGAUGACUAGGGGAGGCAGCUGUCAAAACAUCGAUGUGACUACUGUUACGUACCUUGAUGGGGUUGUCGGAGACCCCGCAAACACUGACACUACUAAGUGGGUACGAGAUUCUGCCCAGUAA